ACUGAUGUGACGAUAGAGAACAAUCUGUCCCGUGUCAUCACUGCGGUGUCUCAUGCAUUGACCUCGUCUACCUCCAGAGCACUUAUACUUGGUUGCUGUGAAGCUUUGUCUUUGCUCUCCUUGAACUAUCCUGUGUGUAACUGGUGCAUCGGUUGGCACUGUGGGUAUACGACCAACAGCUCUCAAGCAUCCAGAAGCCAUCUGUACAAGAACAGGGGGCGUUCGUUCAGUUUAUCACAGAACAGUCCGACGGAUGAACCCCGUAAAAACUGUACUGUGGGGAUGGUCAAUAUGAUACUGUCUCUGCUUUCCUCGGCCUGGUUUCCUUUGGACCUUUCCUCCCAUCAAGAUGCCUUAGUGUUGUCCGGAAACCUGCUGGCAGCUAUUGCACCCAAAUCGCUGAAGAAUCCAUGGGGCAAUGAAGAUGAUGCUAGUACAACCACCAAACCUGAAGAGUCAUGGCCUGCCUUGGCUGACAGGACUUUGGUUGUGAUGGUGGAACAACUAUUCUCUCACCUGAUGAAAGUCAUCAAUAUCUGUGCACAUGUCAUCGAUGAUGUUGCACCUGGUCCUGUGUUGAAGGCAACUCUCCCUUCACUUGCCAAUACGCCGUCCCUCAGCCCAAUCAGACGCAAGGGAAAGGAGAAGGAAUCAGUAGAGCAGGCAACUGCACCAAUGAGUCCAAAGAAAAUUACUGAAUCCAACCCAGCUGCCAGGCCUGCGGAUGCUGUUGGAGCUGCACCAGCAAGCAAGUCUACCUCGCUUGGCAGUUUUUACCACCUGCCUCCAUAUCUGAAGUUGCAUGAUGUCUUGAAGGCAACGUAUGCAAAUUACAAGGUUACUCUGGAUCUUCAGAACAAUAAUGAAAAGUUUGGCAGUUUCUUGCGAGGAGCUUUGGAUGUUUUAUCUCAGCUUCUUGAGAUUGCAACAUUGCCGGACAUUGGGAAGUGUGUGGAAGAGAUCCUUGGCUAUCUGAAGUCCUGUUUCUGCAGGGAACCCAUGGCAGCCACUAUCUGUGUACAGCAGUUAUUGAAGACGCUGUUUGGAACAAAUCUAGCAUCGCAAUAUGAUGGCUCCUCUUCCAAUCCCAGCAAAUCCCAAGGAAAAGUGCAGCGCUUGGGCUCUUCCAAUUUGAGGCCAGGUCUAUACCACUACUGUUUCAUGGCACCCUAUACGCACUUCACCCAAGCACUAGCUGACGCCAGUCUGAGGAACAUGGUUCAAGCAGAACCUGAGCAGGACACAUCUGGAUGGUUUGAUGUGCUGCAGAAGGUUUCUUCACAACUGAAAGUCAGCCUGACAAAUGUAACCAGGCAUCGAACUGAUAAGAACGCAAUACACAACUACAUCCGCCUCUUUGAGCCUCUGGUCAUCAAGGCCUUGAAGCAGUACACCACAACCACUUCAGUCCAUCUGCAAAGACAAGUGCUUGAUUUGUUGGCUCAGUUGGUACAACUCAGGGUGAACUACUGCCUACUUGAUUCGGAUCAGGUAUUCAUUGGGUUUGUUCUGAAGCAGUUUGAAUUCAUUGAGGUGGGCCAAUUUAGGGAAUCCGAGGCCAUCAUUCCAAACAUAUUUUUCUUCUUGGUAUUGUUGUCAUAUGAGCGUUAUCACUCCAAGCCAAUCAUUGGAAUUCCCAAAAUUAUCCAACUGUGUGAUGGGAUCAUGGCCAGCGGUCGGAAAGCUGUUACACACGCAAUCCCGGCACUGCAGCCGAUAGUUCAUGAUCUGUUUGUACUGCGAGGGACCAAUAAAGCUGAUGCUGGCAAGGAACUGGAUACACAGAAGGAAGUGGUAGUUUCUAUGUUGCUGAGACUCAUCCAAUACCACCAGGUCCUGGAGAUGUUAAUUCUGGUGUUGCAACAGUGUCACAAGGAGAAUGAGGAUAAGUGGAAACGUCUUUCACGCCAGAUAGCUGACAUGAUUCUACCGUUGCUGGCUAAACAGCAGAUGCAUCUCGAUUCACAUGAAGCCUUAGGUGUGCUGAAUACACUCUUUGAGACAGUGGCACCCUCAUCACUGCGACCUGUUGACAUGUUGCUGAAGAGUAUGUUUGCAAUGCCAUGCACCCUGGCAUCAGCUGGAACAGUUCAGCUUUGGAUAUCAGGUAUCCUAGCUAUCCUGCGGGUCCUCAUUUCUCAGUCCACCGAGGAUAUUGUCCUGUCACGGGUUCAAGAAUUGGCCUUGUCCCCUUAUUUGAUUUCCUGCCAGAACAUAACCUUGUUGAGGGACCGAGGGAAUCUGACUGUCCCACCAGAGGAACAGAAUGAAGAUACACAGAGUAAACAUCUCCCGGAAGAAACUUUUGCCAGGUUCCUGUUGCAGAUGGUGGGGAUCCUCCUUGAAGACAUUGUGAAUAAGCAGUUGAAAGUGGACAUGAGUGAGCAGCAGCAUUCCUUUUAUUGCCAGCAGAUUGGCACUCUGCUAAUGUGCCUCAUACACAUCUUCAAGUCAGGGAUGUUUAGAAGAAUCACAGCAGCUGCCACUAGAUUGAUUGUGGGGAACGGCUUCGAUGGAAGCUUUUACACAUUGGAAAGCUUGAAUGCCUUGGUUCAAUCCAUAAUUCCCACUCACCCGUCUUUAGUACUGCUUUGGUGCCAAAUCCUACUGCUUGUGAACUACACAAACUACAGCUGGUGGUCAGAGGUGCAUCAGACACCGAAGAGGCACAGCUUGUCGAGCACUAAGUUGCUGAGUCCUCAGAUAUCUGAAAAUGAAGAUUCAAAAUCUGUGUCUAAGUUGGGUGUGUGCAAUAGGGAAAUAGUUCGAAGAGGAGCCCUCAUUCUUUUCUGUGAUUAUGUGUGUCAAAACCUUCAUGAUUCUGAGCACCUGACUUGGCUGAUAGUCAACCAUGUCCAAGAUCUUAUCAAUCUUUCUCAUGAACCUCCAGUACAAGAUUUUAUCAGUGCUGUUCAUCGUAACUCCGCUGCCAGUGGGCUUUUCAUUCAAGCUAUCCAGUCCCGAUGUGACAAUCUUGCAACACCAACUAUGUUAAAGAAGACCCUGCAAUGCUUGGAGGGGAUCCACCUCAGCCAGUCAGGGGCAGUCUUGAUGCUAUACAUUGAUAAGCUCAUCAGCACACCUUUCCGAGUCCUGGCACGGAUGGUGGACACCCUGGCUUGCCGGCGAGUUGAGAUGCUUUUGGCCGAAAGUUUACAGAAUAGCGUUGCCCAAGUGCCCCGUGAAGAGUUGGAAAGGAUUCAGCGUUAUCUACAGACAACUUGCCUUGCUCAAAGACACCAAAGAUUGUACUCCCUACUGGACAGGUUCCGUACAACAGUUGCCGCAGACACAGUGAGCCCUUCUCCAAUUGUGACCUCUCACCCAUUGGAUGGAGAUAAGCUGUCUUCCAUGGAAUCUAUCAUUGUGGACAAAGACUGGUAUGUCUCGCUUAUUAAAUGGCAGUGCUGCAGCAAGUUAAAUACUGCUUUAAUGGAGUGCACUGAAUUACUCAAUAAACUUCCUGAAGACGACCUCCGCUCUGUCAUGACAGCUAAGGAGUUCAACCUGAACCUUCUGAUGCCCAGCUUGGCUUUUGGUUUGCGUGGAAUCUCUGCAGAUCAAACUAGUGUGCUUUUUGAAACUGCCAGGAAAGUCACCUUGGACCACGUGGCAUUCCAUGUCCAGCACCUUCCUGGCAAACAUCGGGUGUUCCAAAGGCUGUGUCCUUUGCCCCAUUCCUCCUAUUGGAAUAAGAUUGGUGAGCUUUAUGGGGAUAUGCAGUUCUAUCAUUCAGUUAUUAGUCUGUGCAAUGCCGUGGCUCAAUACCUUCUCUCUCUGCCCAAACUGCCACCAGCUCUUCAGAUUCCCACCGACAAACAGGCUGAUAUUGCCAGCUUCAUGGUCUUGUCUCUGGAGGCACUGUGUUGGCAGUUGAUGCAUGAUCAGGUUCCAUUAAGUCUGGACUUACAAGCUGCUCUGGAUUGUUGCUGCUUAGUUUUACAGCAGCCUGACAUUUGGAACCUGCUGGCCUCUGUGACCUACGUAACUCAAGCUUGCUCAGUUAUCAACUGCAUCCGGUUCAUCAUUGAAGCAAUGGCAGUUGAGCCAGGAGAGCAGCUGCUUUUGCAUGAGGAGAGGAGAAAGUCAAAUCCUGAUGAAACUACAGUUGUGGAUGAAGAGAGCGAGGAUGUGUUUGAGCGAUCCAAGUGCAUUACGAAGGCCUGUAAUGUGAUGACUGAAAUGGUGGAGUGUCUCCAGACAGUACUGUCCUCUGGGCAUGCCAGCAACACACGAAUCCCAGCAUUCCUGAACCCAACUCUUAGGAAUAUUGGUAUUAGCUUAGCCAGACUGCCUCUGGUUAACAGCUACACCCGUACCCCUCCAUUGGUGUGGAAGUUGGGAUGGUCACCACAAACUGGGGGUGAAUUUGGUACAACUCUUCCUGAAAUUCCAGUUGAGUUUCUACAGGAAAAAGAAAUCUUCAAAGAGUUCAUCUAUAGGAUAAACGUUCUUGGGUGGACAAGCCGCACUCAGUUUGAGGAAACCUGGGCAACCCUUCUUGGUGUUCUUGUGACUCAACCACUAGCGAUGGACCAGGAGGAGGAAGUUCCACAAGAGGAGGACACAGAGAGGACCCAGAUUAAUAUUCUUGCAGUGCAAGCAAUAACGUCCUUGGUGCUAAGUGCUAUGUCAAUUCCAGUGGCAGGUAAUCCAGCCACCAGCUGUCUCGAACAUCAGCCUCGUAAUAAAGCUCUGAAGGCUCUGGAUACAAGGUUCGGGAGAAAAUUGAGUGUCAUUCGAGGAAUAGUGGAGAAGGAAAUCCAAGCAAUGGUAUCAAAAAGGGACAACAUAGCAACACACUACCCUUAUCAAGCGUGGGAUCCUGUUCCAUCUCUCUCCCAUUCAACAUCUGGUGUCCUGAUAAGCCAUGAAAAGCUUUUACUGCAGAUAAACAUGGAACGGGAAAUGGGGAACAUGGAUUAUAAACUGGGGCAGGUCUCCAUUCAUUCCGUUUGGUUAGGUAACAACAUAACCCCUUUGAGAGAAGAGGAGUGGGAUGAAGACGAGGAAGAUGAAAGUGAUGUGCCUGCUCCAUCUUCACCUCCAACCUCUCCAAUUAACUCCAGGAAGCAUCGAGCUGGAGUAGACAUUCAUUCAUGCUCUCAAUUCUUGUUGGAACUGUACAGUCAGUGGGUCCUUCCCACAAACACUGGCAAGAAAACCCCCGUUGUCCUGGUCAGUGAAGUAGUGAGAUCGCUUUUGGCAGUCUCAGAUUUGUUUACUGAGAGAACCCAGUUUGAGAUGAUGUACAACACUCUGACAGAACUUCAAAAAAUUCAUCCUGCAGAAGAUGAGAUUCUGAAUCAGUAUCUGGUUCCUGCUAUUUGCAAAGCAGCAGCUGUUCUGGGCAUGGACAAGGCCAUAGCAGAACCAAUAAGUCGUCUGUUAGAGACCACAAUGCGGAGUACCCACAUGCCAUCUCGAAUAGGAGCACUGCAUGGAAUCCUGUACAUUCUGGAGUGUGAUCUACUGGAUGAGACAGCAAAGCAGCUCAUUCCGACCAUCAGUGUUUACCUGCUGGCCAACCUGCGUGGCAUUGCCCACUGUGUCAACAUUCACAACCAACAACACGUGUUGGUGAUGUGUGCAACUGCUUUCUAUCUCAUCGAAAACUAUCCGCUUGAUGUGGGCCACGAAUUUACUGCAGGCAUCAUUCAGGUAUCAUUUACUUCUAUCACUUAAAGUAGAGAG